CGUCGUGCGGUGAAGUGUGUGACGAUCUGAAGUGUGCAGUGCCGCAGGCCUCAACUGUUCCCAACAAGCUGUCAAUAAUAGAGAAUUCGUGAAAAAGCUUUAUGUAAAACAUGUUUGAAUAGUGUUUUCCUACAGCUUCCAGAAAUCCUUCUACUCUACUUCAUCAGAAGCUGCCAUAUGGCUGGGCUGGCCCCCAGGGGUGCUGGGGGGUCGUGGGUGCUGCUGAUGGCGGCGACCCUGGGGGUGUGCACGGCCCACGUCGCCCUCACCUUCCCUCCUGCCAGGGACUACGACCUCGACUUCCUGGAUAACAGCCGCACGCAGGGCCCCUGUGGCAUGCCCAAGGGCAACAAGACCACCAUGCUGGUGCAGGGGUCUACAUUCGACGUGACGUGGCAUCUGGCAUACCCUCAUCAAGGGGGCUACCGCAUCGAGCUGCUAGACCAGCAGCAGCGCGUCGUCGCAGACCUCACCAACAGCGACGGCGAGACCCUGCUAGUCCAGGGAGACCCUACGGCGCAGACACAGCGCGUGACGCUGCCCCAGGACACGCUGUGCAGCGGCUGCGUGCUGCGUCUGCUGCGGCAAGCGGCCGAGUGGGGGCCGCGGUACCAGUUCUGGUCCUGCGCUGAUGUUGACAUCGUCAAGCGCCGCUUAAUGCGAGAGAAGUGCAGCAAGAACGGCAUCUACAUGGUGGACAAGUGCCGCUGUAACCCAGGCUACUACGGCGCCUCUUGCCAGUACUACAACGAGUGCGAGACUGACGCAGACUGUGGUACUUAUGGCAAAUGUGUUGACAUCGACGCUACUUCCUAUCCCAAGAAGCAGUGCUACUGUCAACAGGGCCGCUUCGGCAGCAAGUGCAGUAAAUCCUCGCUUCUGCGCCAGGCGAACCAAGUUAACCUGAACAUGUUCGUAAAGAAAGAACUUGGCCCUCGGCUGGUGAUGUACUAUCGCUUCGUCAAGAACCCUGACCAGACGGACCAGAUAGAGGUAGCACUGGUAGGUAAUGGUACCUCGUACAUAGCAGUGGGCUGGAGACCUAGCAGUGUUACCACCACAUGCCGACAAUUCCCUUACAUCGCUGGGGAUGUUGGGGGGACCAUGUGGAAGCAGCAGGACGCCGCGCUGUUGGAUGCGAUACAGAAGAAGAAAAACGAAACGUCUACUAAAUCUGGACCAGCAACUGCUCCUGAACCCGAACCCGAGUCGGAAAGUGAACCCGAACCCGAAAGUGAACCUGCGUCCGGCACUACUAGUCAGCCGGAACCCGAACCUGAGCCUACCAGUAGUCCGAAAGAACCGAAACCAGAACCGACCACGGGAACCACGACUGAACGCGCGACUCAGGGCGACGUCACCGAGAAACCCCGCAGCCUGUCAGCGGGGGUGUCUACCUCCUCUUCGUCGUCUACCAGACUGCCCUCGACGUAUUCUACAACUACCAGCACGCCUACAACAACGACGUAUUCUACAUCUACCAGUACACCUACAACAACAACGUAUUCUACCUCUACCAGGCAGCCCACAACUACAUAUAGCACAUCUACAACCACGCCUUAUACCACUACUUCUACUACCGCGUUCCCUACAACCAGCACAUCAACAUCGUCUACAACAACCGAGCGUAGGAGACAGAAUAAAGACCGCCUGUCAGGGCUGCUGGUGCCCAACAACAGAGGCAGGAGGAGUGUCAUCCAGCAACGCAGGCUGUCACGAAGCAGGCGGUUCGCAGUCCCGCUACUCAAGUCGGGCGGCAACGAAACUGUCUCCGGGGAAGUGGUUACCUCCACUCAAGCAGAGCCUGAGCCUGAAUCAAAGGCUGAACCUGGAUCGAAGGCUGAACCCAAUGCCAAGGCUGAGCCUGAGCCUGAAGCCGAGGCUGAGCCAAAGUCUGAGGCUGACUCUAAAGCUGAGCCUGAGCCUGAAGCUGAACCCAAAGCUUCAGCCGAGAUCGGCGCUAAUGCCAAGAUGGAUAGGUUGUCAGGAGAUACCCCGUGGGUGCCGCGGGAUGCGGGACUGCACGCUAUGGACUGCACCGACAUCGUGGUGGGUACCGCACACGGUAACAGUUACCGUGUCAUGGAUUACUACACCAGGGACCGGUCUACUCCCCGGCCCGACUCCUUUUGGGGAGGAGAAGACAGCAUCACGGCGGCCCUGGGCUGGGAGCAGGACGGCGUCACCACCAUCGUCUUCCGCAAGCCUGUCCUGGCCACACACCCCAGCGACCAGGCCAUAGAGAAGGGCCCCAUGCACGUGAUCUGGGCCCUGGGCCAGGAGCCGGGACGCUACGUACACAGCCCCCCGUCAGGUCUCGAGAAGGGGGCGCCCUCCGUCCCCGACUUCUACAGGAGGGAUGAACUCAAGUACCACGGCCGGGGUGACCAGAGGGGCACGCUCACCAUGGAACUCCUGGGGGAUACAGCCUCCCGCGCCCCCGGGGCCCAGACCGUGGACUGGUGUGGGGGACAGUUCGGGUCCCCCGCGGGGUGCUCGGUGCGGGACAACACCUGCAAGUACCACGCGCGGUGGGAGUACCUGGAGGGGGAGGACCUGGUGCGGUACUCCGUCACGUCCUCGGCCCCCCAACGCUGGACCGGCAUCGGCUUCAGCGACAACACCAAGAUGCAGAUUUCCCCCAGCCACGGGUCAGGACCCCAGUUCCCCGUGACUUACGCCACUCAGUACGGGUCAUCCCCGUCCUUCGGGAAGCUGUCCAUCUCCUCGCACGGGUCCUCGUCGGGCCCGGACAACAUGACCCAAGACCUAGCGUUCAGCGACAGCACGUGCCUGUACCUCGUAUACCCUGUAGGAGGAGGACCUUUCGUCGCCAAGAGCAAGCUCCUCAAGAAACACGACGCGACGCCGCUCUUCUCCACCGAGCGCGUCUGUAUUAGGUCCUGCAAGCCGAAGGGCGCAGGAGACUUGGCUGGUACUGGUAUCGUGUAUACUACCACACCACGACCACCGCAGCUGCAGUACGAGGUUGACGUACUCCUGACGGGGUACCACAACUUCAGGGUUCCUGGUCAGGAAACUGAGAACUUUAGGACGCUGGCUAAAGAUAUAAAGGGCAAGAUCAUUGACAGCUUCCAGAAGCUGCAAGGAUUCCAGGAAAUGGAUAUUGCAUCAUUGACGCCAAUGGCUAAUGGGACUGUGAAGGCUGAGAUCAAGUUGCUGCUCGACAAGAAUGAGCACAUGAAGGGGGGCGACCUCAAACCUCUUGUUGAAGACGAAACGAGCGGCAAUGCGAAGGCGUCGAAGGUCUACGAGAUCAUCCACCGCGCCGUGGCUAACGGAACCCUCGGCGACCUGCCUGUAGACCCGAGCUACCUGCGCGUCAACCAGCUCCUAGUGUCAAGCCCGUCGCGUCAGACGGACUCCGGUCGGUCAGAGGCGGAACCCAGCGUCAGCGUCGCCGGCAUCAGCGGCGGCGGCGGCGGCGGCGGGAUGACGGCGGCCCAGUUCUUGGAGAAUAACAAGACGUGGAUCAUCGUCGGGGUGGUGUGUAUCCUCAUCAUCCUCGCCAUCAUCCAAGCCAUCGUCACCAUCACCAGGAUAAAGAAGAGGCGGGGUGGCAACCCGGCCCCUAAGAGCAAGGGUCCCUUGAUCACCAACUCUGGCUUCAAGGACUACAGUCGCGGCAACCUCAACUACGCUUAUGAGAAUUUCGAAACUGAAGAAAACGGCCUCAACGGCCGCAGAAUUUCUGGCAACGGCACCUCAGGGGGCCGGGGAUACAACGGCCGCUCAAACGGGGGGCCUCAUCCCUAUCCGGGGCGUGGGGGAAGCCCUAUGCGUGAAACCCGCGAGAACCACAACCACCACAACAACACAAACGGUUACCACGACACAUACUCCAGCAACAACCGCUCGCACAAGUCCAGUCAUGGUGGUAACAUGCCCCUGCAGCACUACACUGCACCUGCCAGCAACACGGCCCUCUCAGACACACGGUCCCUACAGCGGCCUCGUCAGGGCCCAGUCCCACGGGACCGCGGGUGGUCUACCAGCGGGACGCAAGACCCUAGGACCACGUACUCCCUGCCCCGGGGUGCCCACGCUGCCCCUGGUGCUGGGUAUGACCGUAACCCCAUGGCUGAGAAUACCCCCGACUUCUAUUACCUUCCAUCGCAGCGCAAAUACUCGGGGGAGGUCGUAAGGGUCUACGUAGAUUACAACAAAGCCAAGUAGGCUAAAACGCGAUCAUUUAUUCGAUUCUAUAUCAAAUUUCCGUGCGAGUCUCAUUAAGGAAUACUUCUCUGGGCUAUUGUAACAAGGAAUACUUCUCUGGGAUAUUGUAACAUAAUUAUAUUUGAAGUGCAAUACAAUUUUUAACAAGUGGUACCAUCAGGACCCUUCUUCGGUUGAGUGAUUAUCGUGACUAAUAUCGAACAGCGUUUAAAAAUGAGUCGGUAACGUUAAAAGUGUUUUGCAUUAUAGGUCAGCUAUGAGCUAACCAAGUACCAACGUAUGGCAAUGCCAUUUAAUUAUGUGCCAGCGCUGCGCUUGGCUCAAAAUAAUCCACUUGUAAAUGGGUUCUCAGCAAUUAUUUCAGUUCGCUGACAACAUCUUACCUAAUGAUAUACCGGCCCAGAGUCUCUCAAGCGUCCGUCCGUACAGUAGUUUAUAAUCGUAAUCUAAUCAAGUAGGUUUUAGACAUUUACGUCUCUGCUCAAGAUAAGUGCGCUUAUUGUACCAUUUUCUAGCCAACUAAAAUGCGUCCAACUGCUGCGAUAGACAUCCGUAUCUCGCGUGCCCGUAUCUCGUUAUGACGCGUCUAAAGGUUAAUUAUUACUUUGUUUUCAUGAUAAUCAUUGAAACUGCUGUGAAUUUCCCCUCUAAUUGAAGGAUCAACGGUUGAAAACCCAGUCGAUCAGCAAAUGAUAUUAAAAUUAUUGACCAUAAAAUGAUAUUAAGAAAGAAAGCAAAUUUUAGCCGCCAAGCGAAAUGAUAAUUUCGUGCAAUGGAAAGGCUGCUGUGAGAAGCCUGCACCACUGACUAGAACAGGUGAAGUAUUUAUAUCGUCAAAUCGGAGUGCUGCUUUAUUAUUCAAAGCUGUUGUAAUAUUAAAUGUAAAGUAAUGAAUAGGUCCUUAACGACUUAGCUGUAAAACUGACUUGCUUAUUAUUAUUUCGAGGAAUUUACGUAGCAAUGUUUUUACUAAAUGAAUUCAGCGUUAAUCGUGGGAGGUGUAGCAGCGUUAAUUGUGGCAAGUGAAGCAGCGGUAAUUGUGGCAAAUAUAACAACGUUUGCAAUAGCCCCCUGUAAGCCCGCGCACUGGGGAUGUAUGAUGAAAAUCAUAUUUUUUUUAAAUCAGUAGUUUUCAAUCCUUAAUUAUAGACAAUUUCCCUUCAGUACACUAACUAGUGUAUUGCCUGAAGCUCCCAGAGAACUUCAUCCAUUACUCAGAUCCCUGAGGCUAUUCACUGGCGAUGAUGAGGACCUCAAGUGCGUAAGUUGACAUUCGUUACGCAUCAUGAGUCUGCGACACUACCUUAUUGAAAAUUAUGGUCGCACCUGCGCCGAACUUAUAUAGCAACGGUUUUUGCAUUGGUAGUUACUCUUGCGUGGAUAAAAUCGUGAUUAUAAACUCGUCGAUUCGUUAAAAAGAAUAGCUUGUUGUCCAUUAAUUCUCGUGGAACUUGUCCAUUUGUCAAAAAUCCGCACGAAAAUAAUUGAAAUGGAUGGAAUGAGGAUUGUUUUUUGAACUUAUUUACAUCGCUUUGAAUUUAUUCGACUCAAUGAUAUGGAAACUUUUGGAAUAAAAUUGUACAUAAUAAGUUUUUCUACAAAAUUUUUAAUGGGAAUAACAUUAAUUAAGCGUAGCAAGCAAGGGGUCAGAGAAGCGUUAAGUUGUUCGAGGGGAGACGAGGGUAGAACAACGAUUGUUCAGAAAAUACGCUUGAAUCCGUCCGGUGCAUGUAUUCUAUUGUUCAGUUCUGUAUAUCAUUCGCUAUCUGUUAUUAUAUUUAGAAUUCUGCCUUCAUUAUUUUAUCAGUCUUUAGUGACGUAAGAUUGUGAAUAAAUAGCUUUUGAGUCUUGCUUUGUGAUUAUUGAUCAGCAAUUAGAGCUGUGCAAUAAUUGUUUCAUGACCUUUGCUACGUGAUUAUUGUUUGGUAAUUAUUGCAUGGUGAUUAUUGUUCAGUGAAUAUUGUCUGCUAAUGAUUGCUUAAUGAUCAUUGCUGAAUAAUUUUUGCCUCGCCAUUUUUACCUGUUGAUUUUGUUGAAUGGCCAUUGCUCUUCGAUUUUUGUAUGGUGAUUUCGACACAAUUUGCCCCAAAAAGAAGAAUUAGGAGAGCACGAAUAAUGAUAAGCUGGAUAAUUAUGCAAGUCUCUUAGGUCAAUGCUGUAAAAUAUAUAUUUAAAUCUAAAUAAAUGUUUUUUUUCAA